UUCGUUUUUAUCAUUCUGUGUAUCUCACAAAAUGAUUAUUCACUAAAAAAUAGUACAUUUUUUUCAUCUAUUUCAUUACCAAAGUAAUUACUAAAAGAGAUAAAACUGUCACGAGUAUCAAAUGGAGAAUUUCCUCCAUGAUGCAAAUCGGUCUAGAUUAUCCUCUCAAUUCAUUACCUUGUAAUAUUAAAAUCGAGUGAUACUUAUCAUUGUUUCUGAUUCCUGGUGUAAUUAAAAAGCUUCAAACAUGUAUGAAAGUUUAAGUUUGCGUGUGAUACUUGCUUCGGCAAUCCUAUCAUGUGCUUUGUGUGCUAUACAUUUCGAACCUGGUGUUAUCGAACCUCUCAUCACUGAAUGUUCAACUGUCGAAUUAGUAGCUGAUUCUCCUUUGAAGCAUAACAGUACUAUCGAUUUAGAAGCUGAAUUUGUUAAAGUAGCUGAAGUGAAACCGCAGAAAAUCAUCGUGACUAGUGAAUCAAGGUGGCAUGUACAUGUUUGUGCACAAGAGCCCGGAUUCACUUCGAUUUUAGCUAAAAUCGAUAACUCUACUUUAUUAGAUGAUGAAGCUGUUUUGCACGUAUUCGUUGGAAAAAUCACCUAUUUGAAAUUAGUUGCCCUUAUCGUAGGAUGGAUUUACUUCAGCGCUUGGUCUAUUUCAUUUUAUCCUCAAAUAUACGACAAUUAUCGUCGUCAAAGUGUGGUUGGACUAAACUUUGAUUUCUGCGCGUUGAAUAUUGCCGGAUACCUUUUAUACUCGUUUUAUAACAUUGGAAUGAAAUAUAUUCCAUCGAUACAAAAAGAGUACUUCAGUAGGCAUCCAACUGGUUUAAAUCCGGUCGAAUUCAACGAUGUAUUUUUCUCUACACACGCUUUCUUCGCAUCACUGGUAGUUAUUUACCAAUGUUAUUCCUACGAGAGUUCGAGCCAAUGCGUGUCAAAGAUUGCCAAACUGAUCCUUGUGUUAUAUGUGUGUAUCGUUGCAGCAUCCGGUACCGCGGCAUUUUUCAACGUCCUUCAUUGGUUGGAUUUCUUAUAUUAUUGCUCCUAUAUCAAAUUAUCAGUAACCAUAAUCAAAUAUAUACCUCAGGCUGUGAUGAAUUAUACCAGAAAAAGCACCGUUGGCUGGUGCAUUGGUAACGUGAUACUCGAUUUUACCGGAGGAACGUUUAGUAUAGCUCAGAUGUUAAUCAAUGGAUAUAAUUACAAUGACUGGGAAUCAAUAUUCGGUGAUCCGACGAAAUUCGGCUUGGGUAUAUUUUCAGUAGCCUUCGAUACUCUGUUCCUUUACCAGCAUUACGUUUUAUACAGAACUACCCAAUACGAAGAACCCAUCAUCGAUGACAGUGCUCAAAAUCCUAUUGAAACAUCUCCUCCUGUAACGAAACGUAAUACCACUAAUGCUGAUUCUACUACAACGUGAUUGGUGACCAGGAUCUCAAAUUUAUAUUUUUAUCUCAUGUGUACCGGAGUCUUUCACGUUUUCAUCGUUGAUGUUCCUAAACUACACCAUUUUCGGCGAGAUCAUCACCAAACUCUCAUAGUAUUUAUAUUUAAUCACUGUAGUUAUUUAUUCAUCUAGAAUUUAUCUAUAAUCAUUAUCAUGUACACCUUAUGAAUGUGGAAAUGAGUAAUUUGAGGCGAAAUGUUCUGAAGCAGCGCUCUCUGAUCUGACUUAAUGUUCGGUAGGUACUCUAGCAAUUUAGUCGGUGUGUUCUGAUCAAUAAUUGGUGUUCAUGAACAAAGAAAAUAUGAGAUUUUAUUUAGAAUCAUCUGAAUAUCCAUGGUUCUAGAGGUACUUGAGCCUACCAAUUUUCUGGUUUAUCUCCUUCAGGAGACCUAUCAUAACAUUUCUCAUACAAUCUAUGAUUGAAAUUGAAUCAAUGGGAAGGAGUUAGAGCGGCUGAAUAAAUGAGAACGGGUAUCGAACUUGUCUCCAUUUAUGAGCAUUUCAAAUAUUGACCAUGACCAAUGAAUAAUAUGUUAUGGAAAGUUUGGCAAACAAAAAAAAUGAUGGAAAACAUGCAAAAGAAGGUAAGAUUUUGAACUACGAAUAGGUACCUAGUAAUUUUCAAUUCAGGAAUCAUCUCCUCCAUUUUGCUUGUAAAUGUUCAUGGAGAAAGUUGGAAACACUUCAGAUUCCUUCAUAAUGCAUUUAUAUGUAUAAAAGAAUGUUUCACAUGAUCUACAACUUGAUAGAUAAAUUCAAGUGCUUUCAGGUUCUAACAUUAUUUUGAUGACACUUGUGACACUUGAAAUGAUGUGAAAAUCAAGUUGAAAAUGAUCGAGUUAUUCUUUUAAAAAAAAAAUCAACUUGAGUAUUGAAAAAUGAUGGAAAAAAGUGAACCAAAAAUGUGCGAAUAAGUCAGUAUGUUUACUUAUAAUAUUCCAUUCUCAAGACUUUCUCUACAAUGUGGAACAAGCUGACUCUCUUGCCAGAAUGUUGAGGCAAAGCAUGACACCAAAAUUGUGCAUUUUUCUUGACUGUGAAAAUAGUACCACAGGCGUAAACUGAUAUUUUUUUAAAUUUGUAAUCAAAUAAUCACUUGUACUGAUUUUUCUAUGAUUUUUGUUGCUAUUUUAUAAAUAUGUUUUCACUUUAAUUUACACGCCAAUAAAGGAUAUAAAAGUUUG